CUAUUUUUAAUUUGAUUCAGCGCCAUCUCCGGCAAGGACACGUCUAGUCAACAAGUUGAACAAGGAAAAUGGCGUCUACCCCGCGUGAUCGAAAUUCUGCUGGCUGGCCCAGGGGAAGAUCUGUUUCAGACUCAAACAAUGUCAAAACUUCAGCUGCAGUGCAUCGUGAUAGGACAGCAAUUUUAUAUCCUCUUACAAACUACACAUUUGGAACAAAGGAGCCUUUAUAUGAGAAAGAUUCAAGUGUACCAGCGAGGUUCCAAAGGAUGAGAGAUGAAUUUCACAAGAUGGGCACAAGACGGUCGGUUGAAGGAGUCCUUAUCGUUCAUGAGCAUGAUCUCCCCCAUGUUUUAUUGCUGCAGCUAGGGACAACAUUUUUCAAAUUGCCUGGUGGAGAACUCAAAGCUGGGGAAGAUGAGAUGGAUGGUCUUAAGAGACUUAUGACAGAGAUUCUUGGGAGACAAGAUGGUGUUCAGCAAGACUGGAUGGUAGAAGAUGUAAUUGCAAACUGGUACAGACCCAACUUUGAACCCCCUCAGUACCCUUACAUUCCAGCUCAUAUAACCAAGCCAAAGGAACAUAAAAGACUCUACUUUGUUCAACUUGCAGAGAAGGCCCUGUUUGCCGUCCCAAGGAAUUACAAGCUAGUAGCAGCCCCUCUCUUUGAACUCUACGACAAUUCACCGGGAUAUGGUCCUGUCAUAUCCAGCUUACCACAGUUACUCAGCAGAUUCAACUUCAUUUACCAAUAGCGAUGGAUCAAGAAAUCAAGAUAUUAUGUAGAUUUCGGCACGUAAAGUGGCUUGCAGCUUUGAACUAAAUGGUGGAACAUUUUUACAUGCUAGUUCUCAAGACUGCUUUUAAUCUCAUCUUGUAAAUAUAGUCUAGAGGAUUUGGGAUACCUUUUUGCAAAGCUUGAGCCCUACAGUUUCAAGUGGACAACUUUCAAUGGCAUCAAAGAUGGAUGAAGUAAAUUUUUGCAGUUCCUGGACUCUGGUUUACUUAAUUUACAGAUUUUUAUGUUUUCUUAGCACACAAAAUUGAGCUUGAAAUCUUUUAGUGACUCAUUUGGUCACUGUCUAUUCAAUAUCUGAGAUAUCAGGUUGCUGGUUUGAUUAAUUGGCAUAUCAAAACCUUGGCUCUACAAUGACUGUGUAUCUGUUUAUGACCAAUAAUAUUGUUCAAAGCUCUUAUACAGUUUAUAUGAACAUGAAUUUAGACCCAUUGAUAUGACAUUUAAGAACCAGCAUUCUUGCAGAUUAUAAUAAUAAAUCUUGCACAGAAAAUGAGUGUCUAUAUGAAGUUGUCUAAUAUGGUGAUGCUAUUUGUGGUCUCAUUUUUUCUUAGACAUUGUCGAUUGAUUUUGAAAUGGCCAUUGUCAAUUAAUGUAGUACCUUGUCAGACAUGUAAAUAGUACUUUGUUAAUGUAAAUAUCUUGAUAUUGUUUUUAAGGUUUGUAUGAUGUAUGCUUGCAUGUAGGCAUGUAGAAUGCCAUUCUCAUUGUCUCAUUAAGUGAAUAAUUUAGCUGAUGAUUGCACAUUGUUGAAGAUCUUGACUGUGUCAUAAAUAUCUACAAUUAUAUCUAAUGUAUUGGCAGCACACACUGAUUUAAUGAGAAAGUAUUUAAAACCAAGGUUUAUUGUCACCAUAUAAAUCCAGAUCUGGUACAUUCCCAUAAACCUAACUUAGUUAAAUCAUGAGAUCCAAGCAAAUAAAGAUCGCCAACACAGAUAAGCAUUUAUGGGACAAUGUUUUAUUAUAACAUGGAUAAGGUCCUUCACCUUACUAGAAUACCAUGCUUAUUUUCCUUAUUUCUCAGCAGUUACACAUCUCCCCAAAUCAUGUGGCACAUAUUUUUUUUUAUUCAUGCAUUAAAAUACUUGGUGGUCAUUUUAUUGGAUUUUUUUUUUCUUCAUUUUUUGAUCAUUACCGCAACUGGCAAUUAUAUUUAAGGAACAGGAACUUUUGAUGAUGGAAAUACCAAUGGAAUCUUGAUUUUGAUUAGCUGCCUAGCCCUGUUAACCCGUUGAAGAAGAACGAGCCCACAUAUAUGCCUGGCUGGAGUCUAUGUAAAACGUGUGGUAUAGCAAAGUCAUUCAGUCUUCAGCGGGUUAACAUGAUAGUUCCUAAUUAUGGCAAAUGCACAAUAGUUGCAGCUUUUAUGGAACAAGCCAUUGCUCGUGAAGAAAUUUAAUUGUAUUACACCUUUGAUCUUUGGUAGCCUACCUUGAAAAAAAAGGCUUUAAAACCAUCUGCACUUUUUUUGUGAAACUACCCCUGGGGUAGUCUCUCAAAAUUCACCGGGCCUAGAUGGGAUUUAGGCAUGAUUCCAAGUCACCAUUAACUCUAUCAAACACCCCCAAUAUAUCUUAAGUCAAAUAUCUUUGUGUUCCACCCAAGUACAGUAGUUACAUGGAACAAGGGAGUUAUUGGUACCUUAUUGAUUUAAUGCAUAUUUCAAUUAUAGUCGAGGGAUUUGUGUUGUUACACACUGAACUAAAAAAAACAAUAACAUUCUUUUAUAAACUUUGCCAGGCUCAUUGAAUGAUGAAAAACACUGAAAAUAGUUAAUCUGCAUUUUACGUCAUGUACAUCAUGUUAUUAAAUAUUGCAUAAAAUCAAUGAAAUAAAA